GCCUCCUGCUUAGUUCUUUGUUUGACACCCAGUUUUAUUAGUUCUUUAAUUUUUGAAGUUUACCAUUUAAAGUUAUUACUUUGGAAAUAGAGGUCAAACCCGCGGAAAACUGGUCUUGCAAGUGUCGCGAAGGGAAAUAUUUUGGGUCAUUCAAUUUGGCCCACAGGUGGUUGCCACCCCAGUGCAGCAGGUAAAGCUCUCGCGUCGGGCAAAAAAAAAACCGGUGAAUCCCGGAAUUUCGGGCCGGAACAAUUAUCGCCUUCCAUUCACAAUCGAAAUCGAAUUAGCCACGUCAGCAAACGCAGUCCAAGACGUUAGUUUCAGUCUGAAAAAAGGCCUCUAGGGUUUCGCAUCCAAUUCAUUUCAUCAGUUUGUCAGGAAGGAUUUCAAAGUUUUAGUGCUACAUAUAUCAUGGGAGACAGUCUGAUCCUUGAUACCACGGAAAUAAAGGCUCGCGACUAUCAACUGCGCCUCGUGGAUUAUAUUACCAAGCACAAUGGCAUUAUCUACUUGCCCACGGGUUCUGGGAAGACCUACGUGGCCAUCCUGGCCCUCAAGCGUUUCUCGCAGGACAUGGACAAAACCAUCGAAAAUGGUGGAAAGCGGGCUCUGUUCAUAUGCAACACUGUGGAAUUGGCCCGUCAGCAGGCGGUGGCCGUAAAAAAGUAUACCAACUUCAAGGUCGGGUUCUAUGUUGGCGAACAAGGCGUGGACGAAUGGACGCGCGGCCAAUGGACCAAUGAAAUCCAAGAUAAUCAAGUUCUGGUGGGCACUGCCCAGGUGAUCCUGGACCUAUUUACCCAACGGAACAUGGAGCUGAGCUCCGUGAGCAUCGUAAUUAUAGACGAGUGUCACCACGGCACCGGCCACCAUCCGUUCCAUGAGUUCAUGCGUCUGUUCCUGUGCGUUGGCCGUGCCACGCAGCUGCCGCGCGUGGUCGGCCUGACCGGAGUUUUGAUUAAGGGAAACGAGAUCAAGCAAGUGGCCAAGAAGCUCAAGGAACUGGAGACCACGUAUCGGGGAAACAUCAUCACCGUGUCCGACACCAAGGAAAUGGAGAACGUAAUGCUCUACUCCACUAAGCCAAAGGAGUUCCUGCUCACGUAUCCCGAUCAGGUACAGAUUUUUGCGGUGAAUCAAUCUAUAAAGGGGCAGAUUGGUAAGUUCUUCGAAUCGCUGGAUCUCAUGGACAUUGGCAAUCAGCCGGUGCGGAGGUCCAAGUCCUUGCAAAGCCAGCGCGAUCCGCAAAAGAAAGGAACGGUGAAGCAGCUGUUCAACGACUUCCAGUUCCAGCUGCAGGAGUACGGCAUCUACGCGGCCUCCAUCGCCAUCGUCUCGCUGAUCGUAGAGUUCGAGGUGAAGAAGCGCCAAGCGGAGACGCUCAGCCUGAAGCUGAUGCACAGGACGGCCAUCUCGCUGUGCGAGACAAUCCGGCACAUGCUGGUGCAGAAGCUGCGGGACAUGGUGGACAACGAUGAAGAUCUCGACGACAAGGCGAACACGGAGGAGACCAUCAUGAACUUCUCCACCCCGAAGGUGCAGAAAUUCUUGCAGUAUCUGAAGCAAACCUUCGCUCACAAGGAUCCAAAGGAGAUCUGCUGCCUGGUCUUCGUCGAACGGCGCUACACCUGCAAGUGCAUUUACGGCCUGCUGCUGAACUUUAUAGAGGCCACGCCGGAGCUACGAAACGUGCUGACGCCGCAAUUCAUGGUGGGCCGCAACGCGAUCUCCCCGGACUUUGAAGCCGUCCUGGAUCGCAAGUGGCAGAAGUCGGCCAUUCAGCAUUUUCGGGAUGGCGAUGCCAAUCUGAUGAUCUGCUCAAGCGUGCUGGAAGAGGGCAUCGAUGUGCAGGCCUGCAACCAUGUCCUGAUCCUGGAUCCGCUCAAAACCUUCAACAUGUAUGUGCAGACGAAGGGGCGUGCUCGUUCCAAGGAAGCCCGAUUCGUGAUGUUUUCCUCCGAAUUAGACAGGGUCAAGAUAUCGCAGCAAAUUCUUCAGUAUCGCACAGCCCACGAAGAAAUUGCUGCGUAUUUAAAGGAUAGAGUUCUAGAGCGUGCAGAGCCGGAAAUGUACGAGAUCAAACAACACUUCCAGGACAUUAUUCCGGCGUUCGUCAACGAACACGGAGCCGUUUUGUUGGCCAGCAACGCCCUGAUCCUGCUUCAUCGCUACUGCCAGAGCAUGCCAACGGAUGCCUUUGGUUUUGUGAUUCCCUGGAUCAAUUUGUUGGAUGAAAUCGAACGCAAAAGGCUUUUCGGGGACUCUGCGAGAACAAAGCAAGUAAUAUCCGUCAACCUGCCUCUGAAUUCUAGGCUGAAGGACACGAUUUACAGCGAUCCCAUGGACUGCGUAAAGUCAGCCAAAGUUUCAGCUGCAUUCAAGGCUUGCAAGCAACUCUACAGCCUCGGUGAGCUUAACGAGAGAUUCCUACCCGUAACAAUGAAGGAGCGAGUGGCUGCUAUUGCGGACGUCCACUUUGAGCACUGGAAGAAGUACGGCGAUGAUGUGACUGCGGCUGUGCGCAAAGAUGUAGAGAGCAAGGUGCGCACAUACCGGAGCGACUGUCCGGCGGAGUUCUUUGACACCCGUCCUCGGGUGGGUGAGGUGUGCUAUGUCUACGAGAUCUUCUUGGAGCCGCAGUUUGAGCGGAGUGACUACACGGAUCACAUGUAUACGAACUUGAAGACGCCGAGAAACUAUGCCCUAAUGCUGCGCAAAAAGCUUCCACGACUGGCGGUGAUGCCGCUUUUUAGUAAUCAGGGAAAACUGCAUGUUCAGGUGGCCGAGGAGCCACUAGAAGUGGUUAUCCAGAAUGAUAACCAGCUGGAGCUACUGCAUCAGUUCCACGGCAUGAUAUUCCGCGAUCUCUUAAAGAUCUGGCAGCCGUUCUUCGUUCUGGAUCGUCGCAGCAAGGAGAACUCCUACCUGGUAGUCCCUCUCAUUCAGGGUGACGCUCAGAGGAAAGGCAUCGACUGGCCGCUGGUCACCAAGUUCCAGAGAUUGCCCCAGGCCGAGAAGUCCAGUGUGCAGCAGCGCAGGCAGCAACCUCCGCCCCGUCCGGAGGACUUUGAGGGCAAGAUUGUUACCCAGUGGUAUGCCAACUACGAGGAGAAGCGCAUGCUGGUCACCAAGGUGCACCGGGAACUCACACCCUACAGCUUAAUGGAAAAGAAUUACCAAGACAAGUCCUACUACGAGUUCACCAUGUCCAAGUACAGCAACCACAUCGGCGACGUUGUGCACAAAGAUCAGUUUCUGAUCGAGGUCAGGGAACUCACGGAACAGCUCAAUUUCUAUGUGCAGCAGCGCGGCAAAUCCUCCACACAGAGCAAGGCCAGGGCGAAAGUUGUCCUGAUUCCUGAACUGUGCCAUAAUUUUCAAUUUCCUGGCGAUCUCUGGCUGAAGUUAAUCUUUCUGCCCAGUAUUCUUCGCCGCCUGCACUUCCUCCUCCAUGCGGAGUCCCUGCGGAAACGAUUCAAUAACUAUCUGGGCCUCCAGCAACUGCCAUUGAACGGAGCAAAUUACAGGCCAAAACCCCUGGAAAUUGAUUGGUCGCUAAAGAGGAAUGUGGACACUGUGGGUAAUGCCAUAGCCACCGAGGACAUCGAGGAGCCGCGAUCCCUCCUGGAACCCAUGCCCACCAAGACCAUGGAGACGGCCACGGCCAACCUGCAGAUCACUGACUUUGAGAAUCCCUGGCAGCUGUACAUGGAACCAGUGGAUCUGUCGCGGAAAAUCAUGGGCGCGUACCCCGUGGAGCUGGACUACUACUACAAGUUCACAAUGGGCCAGGUGGCUCGGCUGGAAAAGAUUGAGUUCGAGGAUAAGGAGUACUGGACUGAGAAUCAGUUCAAAAUGCCCAAGGGCAAUAUCUAUGGGGACAGAUCUCCGACCAAGGCGAUGGUAAGCCUGCCAGCUCUAAUGCCCGCGACUCCCAGUGUUCGAGAAGUGAAUCCCCUGCCCAUCCUGCAGAAAACUGUUUCCGCUGCACACAUUACGCCCGCGGAGCAGGCAGAAUUUCUGGCUGCGAUCACUACCUCGGGCAGCGCGGACGUGUACGACAUGGAACGCCUUGAGAUGCUGGGCGACUCCUUUCUCAAACUGAGUGCCACUCUCUACUUGGCCAACAAGUAUCCGGAAUGGAACGAGGGCACCCUGACGCAGGUCAAGUCCAAACUUGUGUCGAACCGGAAUCUGCUAUACUGCCUCAGUGACACGGACAUUCCCAGGAAGAUCAGCUCCGUGCUGUUUACCCCGAGAUACACAUGGGUUCCGCCAAGCGUCAGUCUGCCCCACAAUGUGCUGGCUUUGUGGGAGAAAAAGCCGGAAUUGGCGCAGUUGGUGGGUCCGCAUAACCUGCGGGAUCUGGCGCUAAGCGAAGAGGAGGCGCUGGCGAAUAGCAAUUGCAGUGAACUCAACUUCCGCAGCUUUGUGGAGGGCUGUCAAUCAAAUGCGCACACCCAUUAUGCUGGCGCCGACUUCUCUUCCGAGGUUAACUUCUGCGUGGGCCUCGCUAAGAUUGCGGACAAAGUAGUGGCCGAUACCUUGGAGGCACUUCUUGGGGUGGUCGUAAAGAACUACGGACUGCAGCAUGCCUUCCGGAUGCUUGAAUACUUUGGCAUCUGCAAGGCGGACAUCGGCAAGCCCCUCACCCAUUUGCUGGACCUCCGUUUGGGCGGCGACAGGAUGCGGGCGAACGUGAAUCCCGCGGAUAUCGAUGGCUUCCUCAUUAAUCAUUAUCAUCUGGAGCAGAAUCUGGGCUACACGUUCAAGGAUCGGGGAUAUCUCCUACAGGCGCUUACCCAUCCGUCGUAUCCCACGAAUCGAAUUACUGGCUGCUAUCAGGAGCUGGAGUUUAUCGGCGAUGCCAUCCUGGACUUUCUUAUCUCCGCCUACAUUUUCGAGAACAAUUCCAAAAUGAAUCCGGGCGCUCUCACAGAUCUGCGAUCCGCUUUGGUCAAUAAUACGACUCUGGCCUGCAUUUGCGUGCGGCAUCGCCUGCACUUCUUCAUCCUGGCGGAGAACUCGCUGCUCUCCGAGUCCAUAGCCAAGUUUGUGCAGUUCCAGGAGGGGCAGAGGCACAGGGUCACCAACCAUGUACGCAUCCUGCUCGAGGAAGCCGACAUUCAACCCACUGCGAUGGAGUUAGACGACGAACUGGAGAUGUCGGAACUGAUGGAGGCUAUAAAUGCCAUUUCUCCGGACGUAAAGGGAGAUGCCCCGCGCAAAGGUGAUUUCAACAUGUCGACGAACGUGGAUGUCCCGAAGGCCUUGGGCGACGUCUUGGAGGCUCUGAUUGCAGCCGUCUACCUGGACUGCCGGGAUCUGCAGCGCACCUGGGAGGUGAUCUUUAAACUUUUCGAGCCUGAGUUGUUCGAGUUCUCGCGCAACGUGCCCAUCAAUCCCAUCCGCCAGCUCACCGAGCAUAGGCUCGCCAAUCCCGUUUUCAGUACGCCCAUCGUCGACCGGGACAAGGUGAUGAUCAGUUGCCAGUUCACCUGCAUGGAGAAAACCAUCAAGGUGUACGGAUUCGGCAGUAACAAGAACCAGGCCAAGUUGGCGGCUGCCAAGCACGCGCUACAGAAGUUGAGCAAGUCUGACGCCUAAAAUGACGUCCGCGCCUUAAAAGUGGCUUCAUUUCCACUUUAAAAGGAUUUUUUUUUUAACCGCAAACCACUGGUUAUCCGGAUUCGAAAAAAAUCCUUUUGAAGUGUGCAUUCCACUUUUGAGAUCUGGUGAUCUUUUUUAUUGCUGUUAUGAACAACAACGAACCUAAUGUCUUAGAAUAUUCGAAUUUAAAGAUAAUUUUUUAUUGUCUAUACAAAAUAAGCUUUCAUUAUACUUCCAUUUUCAAUUAUUAAUUCUAUCCGUGAUUAUACAAGAGCAUAAGGAUAUUUGCAAAUGUGGAAAACUACAUUUUCGAACCUAUAACAUUUUAUACUCUGAUAAGCAGCAAGAUAUAUUGAGGCCUAUAAAUUAAUUAUUUUUCCAUAAAAAUAAAUAAA